AUGUGUGAUUAUAGACGGUUGAGUCGAAGUUUGGCCAUUCCAUUGCCAAGGACAAGGGAUGAAGGGCAAAUGACAGCAAAGGCCUCCAGUCCAGAUGUACCGGCAUUUAGACUAAGUGGGGCCGAGCCGUGGGGUUACGCGUAUGGAGGGGCACAACCAGCGCGAAAUCGAAAUAUUCAGCAAAUUUCAAGCAUCGAAGACGUACUAUUCUCCAUUGACCCGUGGCUACUUCAUCAAUCUGAGAACUUUAAACUCGACUUCAGACUCUCUCUCGAUGUGAAGCGCAUACGACUUGAUAUGCGGCCAAUUGAGAGGGUUGAUUAUACCCCAAAAAAACUACAGCUUGAGCCAGAUGGAGUAAAUGAGAUCCUUGAUAAUUGGAGAAGUUCAAUGGCAUUGGAAGAUAAGGGAACCAUGUUCUUCGAAGGCGUUGCUCUUCUCUUUAAUAGAGAUUCUUACGAAUGGGAUGAAGCUGGCCGGGGACGAAUCGCGAUCCGACGUCCACAACCUUACUUGUUUGAAGGCUUCUUCACCUUAAACGAUUAUUACUACCAUGUCACACUUAGUGAUAAGUAUCUCAGAAAACGAAAGCACGGGGAUCCUUUGCCACCGACGUCAGGUUCUAUACAUAUGGUCGUUUGGAAAUAA